GAACUUUUCACUUGGUAGUAAAAGGUUGUUAUUUCGCUGAAUGUUCUUAACUUGAAUAGGUGUUGAAAUAGUUCUUCCACAUCGUUAAUUUAUAUUACGGAUACGGCGGAAUUUUAAUUGGUUGUAAUGAGUUCAUGUACCCGAACAACGAAAGACUUUUUCAUAAGCCUCAACAGGAAAAAGGUGAUCUGCAAAAGCGAGUUGUCAAAGGAAGAGUUGCGAAGAUGUCUAACUAUAUUUGAUCUUACUGCUCUAGGUAUUAUGUCUAGUCUUUGUAACAUGCUUAUAUCAUAGGAGUUGGCACAACUUUAGGUGCUGGAGUGUAUAUUCUUGUUGGCGACGUUGCUAAGUUCACAGCUGGUCCUGGUGUUAUUAUAUCGUUCUUAAUCGCAGCAGUAGCUUCUGUUCUAUCAGGUAAUUUACUCCGCAAUUGAUGAACACUCAUGGUCAUGUUAUUCUUUCUUUUUACUGCCUUCUAAAUAUGCAGUAGAAUGUUCAUCUUUAACUAUCAUCCCUUGCUUUCAAAAAAAUGUUAAAUGGGGUUUCGCCUUUGGUGUCUCAUUAUAACAGAUUUUGAGACUUCAUAGCAGCAUAUUUUAUGAUAAGUUUAAAUUUUGGGCAUAAUCCAGAUAAAAGUCUCUAGGUUAUUUAUUCUCUCAGUCAUUAUGAAAGGUAUUUGUUGGAAGUGAGUGAACUAUAUGUCGUCGUUUCGAAAAAACCCGUUCACCACGGAUAAAUAAUACAAGCAUUGUUCAGUGAAUUAGGCAUGUAUGUUAGCGAAAGUAAUAAUCACUUUUUCCAGAACUCAGAGAUUUGUUUUAAAUCACCCCUACUCCAGUUUAUAUUUUUAAGCACCCUAAUCAAGGAAUUGUUAAACAAUGAUAUUCUGAAUUACGUGAAAUGACAUUUUCAUUGUUUAUAUUAUGAGUUAUCUAUGACACGGAAAAUCUUGUGUUCACUGGGUAAUACAUAUACUUUAGAACUAGUGAAAACAGCAUCUAACAAACGUUUUAACUGUUUUAUAUUUUUAGAAUUUACACGUUUAGAAACAGUUGCUAAAAAAUUUGUAGUAUGUCAGAUAAGAGAAAUUGGUUUUGCUAAAUUAACUUCAUAAUAAGUUCAUAACUUUCAAGUGGUUAUUUGCAUUUAACCAACAGUAAAAUACAGAGUUUGUUAUGAAUGCAAACCAAGCAUUGAUUAUGAGUACUCGGAACACUUUAACUGUAUUGUUGUAGUUGAACCUAUAGUGACUUUGUUGAAUAAAACUAUAUUGUUAAAACUUCAACUUCAAAUAGAUUGGUUAACGGAAAAUUUGGCAUUUGUCAGUAGUUGUUCUGUGUUCCUGUUACUUAACCAAUGAAACAACAAAUCAGCUUUUAGUAGACUACAGUCAUACUAACUUAAUAAUGUAUAACUGAAAUUAUUACUUAUAGUCAUCUUUUGCAUUUAACCGAUAAAGUAACUUACCAGCCUAAAUAUGCCUAAUAAACUACUACAAAACGUGAUAGUAUUCUAGUCUGCCCUUUCUAAAGUACAAUCACCAAUUUGAAUUUUUCCAUUAGUAAUGUUGUUGUGAGCGAAACCACUAAGAUCUUCAGUGAAAGUAAGUCGUCGAAAUGACAAACAGUUCGUGGUGAUAAGCUAUCCGCUUUAUCUAUGGGCUGGUAGUAAGAUGAUGAUAAAAAAGGCGAGACUUGUAAAUAAGCCUAAAUUUCAUAGAAAAUACAUAUUAUAUUCACACGGUUUCAUGACGUUUUACUUUAUGCUGAUGAGAACCAUAAGAAUUCAGUGAAACUAUCUAACAAGCUGAUAUGACUUAGUUUAGUAAUAUUACUUAGUACACUUGAUUCAAGUUCAAACUUAAUUUUCUAGGCUUUUGUUUCGCACAUGAAUAUCUUCUGUACUUUUCGCUUUUAAAAUGUGAAUAAAUCACAUUUGUUACCCUCUAAAUGAUAAUAAAGUGCCGACUUAUACUUACUUCUUUGAUGUUUUCAACUUAGAAUAACUACUAUGCCAUCGGUAGUGCCAAAAAUUAUGCACUCAACAUCUUUGUAUGAAGAUACGCUAUUAAAAAAUCGCGUAAUUAUCACAUAUCUCACGUUGUAUUUUCCCUUAUUCAUAGGACACAUGUUAGUAUCUGGAGUAUUUAUUAGGUAUGGGAACAUUUUAUAAGUGGAUUCCCAAAUAAUAUGGGCAUUUAUCUAGCAGAUAUUUCGUAUUCUAUUAAAGAGUGAAUGCCCCUUCUACUCAUAAUAUCGGCAAAUAUCGAGUAUUAUCUCUGUAGUUGCCUUAAAUAUAUAUCUAUUUCACAGUAAACUCCUAUGAAAAAAUACUUUAUAUCAUGCUGCAUGUAACUAGUGGAUCACCAUAAAUCUAUUUGCUUCACAGUGUUCUUUUAGCACUAUCAAAUAUAAUAGAGAAGAGGGUGAAAGCUCUAGUAAUAGCAACGUGUUCAUCAUUUUGUCAUUCACUGUGAUCCCUUGAUAAAAAAAAGUUACCCUUGGUUAACCUUCUGAGGUACUGGUUAAAACCAAUCUUCAUGAGCAGUACUGUUUAAAGUGUCCUUUACAUCGUUUGUUAUGAGUAAUUAUUUUGGAUUAAAAUCAGUCAUAUUUUGUAAAAUUAAUUUUGGAAAGUAUAUUGUGUGUGACUUAACCAUGAAAAUCUAGUUAGAAUACUGAAUAUGAUGCCUGCAGUUCACAGUACGACUUUCUUGAGUUUUGAAAAAACACCGAGUGGUUGAUUAUAGGACAUCUUAAGAUAUAAUGAAGUGGUUGCUGCUCAGAUAAACAGUAGUUGUUUUUUUCAUUGGGAAAGCAGUCUGUUACUGAUAACAUGACUUUAUAAGUAUUUUAAAGUAAAUGAUCAUGUGUAAAACGAAAUUCAACUUUAGAACUGCAUGGUCUAGAAAUGAAGCUAAACACCAUUAGCAACAGUGCUUGUCGGAGGUUCUCCUUAAAAUAAACACAUUCCUCAUCUUCCUUGACUUUUAUUUUGGGUUUAUACACAAUUAAUAAUCUUCGUGAAAACGCCUAUUAAUAUGAACGCUCUUUGUAUGAAUCAAAGUUGAACAACAUUUAAUAAUGAGUUUCGAUAAAAUUUGUAAGCAUGUUUGUCUUUUUUUAGAUCUAAUAUUCAGCUUAUCAACAUUUCGCCAGCACGACAUUGAAGCUGUUUUAGAAUAUUAAGUGCCAGGUGUUGGGUUUCAUUUUUUUCCUCCUCAGUAAAUGCUUUGACUGCAAGUUUUGACUUUGUACUUGGAUAUUAUGAAAUAUCAUCAAAAUACCUUCAAAAUGAACAUAAAUUAUCAUUUUUUCAAGAUCGUUGUUUGGAUCUGAUAAAACUACGGCUUAAUCUCGCGAAUCGAGGAACGUCGAAAUCUAAAUAUUCUAAUGGUCCAGAAACAGCAGCUACAUCUGAGAGCUACUGAAGAUUAUUUCAAUUUUUACAAGAUACUGGCAAGAAGAACUAUAAUAUAGGUGGAAAAAUCUGUGAAGUUGAUGGAACCACAAUCAACAACAUUUUAUGACUUCUUAGACGGCGAGUUUUUUUUUAGAAAUACUCCACCUGGUUUGUCCCGUCUUCAGUCCCAAUGAAACUAACCAUCCUUUCAUGGAAGAUGACAAUUGAUCCACCUAACGAAGUUGAGGUCUACUAGAAACGCCAUCUUCUUAGGUGUCACAACUCGCCAGGCCCAGACGAGUCACCCAUUGACUAUUUUAAGAAUAUUGGUGGGCUUCUGAUUAGAGAAAUGAGCGAAUAAUUUGGGAAGGUUUAGGAGUUCUACUUUAAAUUUGACAUCUAUAACACUGCAAAUACAGCUAUGAUUAAAAUAAAUAGUGGCAGUGUAGAUUUUGAACCUGUAGAAAGACUUUUCGACCUCAUGCACUCUGAUGAUACUGUCUUACUGUGCCAUGGUACUCAAGCUGCGCAGUCCGCACUUAACUUGUUGACAACUAUUGUCCAUCGGCGUCGUAUGUACUUUUCACCUUUUAAAUGCAAAAAAACUUUUAAAUGAUUGCAAGGGUCUUGUACCGGUGCUCUUUGUGGUGACUCGCUAGGAGUAGUCGAAAAGUUCAUGCACGUUAAUGAUUGUGUGGGUGCUGAUGUUCACGUGCCCUUCAAAAUUGAUAUAUGUACAGUGGGAGUCAGAGAAGUUUAUCUAUAUCUUUGAAGCUGCUGUGAAAUUAGUCUGAUUGUGAAAGUUAGGGCUUGCAACUCAAGGGUGACAGCAAAUUUCCUCUAUCCUUGUGAAACAUUUACGCGUAAUAAACAAAUAAAGUGAAAAUAUGACUCAUGCUAAACCAUCAUGGUUAUGAAAAUACAAUCCACGGACUGUCGAGCACUUGUACAACUGAUGAACCUAACUUUUCAUGAUAUUUGUAUCAUCAUGAUAUAAUCGUUGAAGACUGAUAAUUUUUAAAUGCUUGUUUUGUCCGGUAGCAUAAAUAGAAAAAGAUGUAAAUAGAGUUGAUGUGGUUUAGUUGAUUCUCAGUGUAGAUUCUUCAAAGUCGAAAUUAAGAGAAACUUAAACUCCGGUUAAAUUUCAAACUCCAGUUUUCCAGCAUAAUGGUCAAAAACAGAACCACUAACCCCGACGUUCUUUUCAGCCAUCUGGUGUGUGUAAUAUCAAUGUUGACUAGCGGGAAAUGUACUAUAUAACUGCAGAGUGCAAUACACAAAACUUAGUGAUCAGACUGUGCUCCAUAAUCAUGAAAUGCAGUGUCUGUUUAAUUAUUUACUUAUUAAGCAUUUCAUUCAAGGUUUGUAUCGUACCAUAUCUUGUAAUAUUUUCACUCUUUUUUAAUUGUCUGUAAAUCCAAUUUACGUCAUAAGUUUAUCAAAUGAAGUAUUUAUAUAAACAGGAUAAUAGACAUAAGUGUUUAUAUUGAAAAAUUCAUUUAGAUUUUUUUACUACUAAAAUGGAAGUUAAACGGAUUUUUGAAAAUACCGCUUCUGACAGAAUAUACGUUGUGAAAGUUACACUCAAACAAAAAUUUAAUGAUGAAAGGCCCUUUUAUGCAUCAAAGUUUCCAACUUUCUUGAGUAAAGUAGCCUACGCCUGACGAAAUAUUAAUCGAAUAUUCUUCUCUUUUUGCUAAGGAUUAUGUUACGCCGAGUUUGGAGCCCGUGUGCCACAAAGUGGAUCAGCUUAUGUAUAUAGCUACAUUGCUGUUGGAGAAAUAAUGGCGUUUACAAUUGGUUGGAAUCUGAUACUAGAAUAUGUAAUCGGCAUCGCAAGUGUUGCACGAGCUUGGAGCUCCAAUUUCGAUGGUAUACUCAACGGCCAAAUAGAAGAAUUUUUUAAAAAGCAUUUGGCAUUAAAUCUUCCUGGUUUAGCUGAAUAUGUGGAUCCACUUGCUGUUGGAUUAAUUAUUUUAAUGACAAUUCUUUUAAGUAUCGGUGUACGAGAAUCCGCAAUAAUUAACAAUGUGUUCACAAUAGUCAACUUGUGUGUCAUCAUAUUUGUAAUUGUAACUGGGUUGAUCUAUGCAAAUAUUGAUAACUGGAAAGUUAUUCCAGAGAAUGUUCUGGACAAUAACACUGCAAAACAUGCAAAUUUAGGAAAUGGUGGAUUUUUUCCUUUUGGUUUGAAUGGCGUACUUUCUGGGGCCGGAACGUGUUUUUUUGCAUUUGUCGGAUUCGAUAUUAUUGCUACAACAGGUGAGGAAGUGCGUAAUCCGCAAACAGCGAUUCCUAUAAGUAUUAUCGGAUGCCUGCUAAUAUGUUUCUUGGCAUAUGGUCUUAUAUCUGUUACACUUACAUUGAUGGUACCGUAUUAUGCUAUCUCUUCUGUUGCUGCUUUACCACUUGCAUUUAGUCGUCAUGGCUUACAAUGGGCAAAAUACAUUAUUUCUACUGGGGCCUUGUGUGCUCUGACUACUAGCCUUUUAGGUUCAAUGUUCCCAUUGCCACGCAUUUUGUAUGCUAUGGCAACUGAUGGGUUGUUAUUUGGGUUUUUAAAUCGAAUAAAUUCAAAAGUUAAAACUCCACUUGUGGGAACUGUUGUAUCAGGUGUUAUUGGAUGCAUAAUGGCAGCAGUAUUCAGUUUACAAGAUCUAGUUGAUAUGAUGUCAAUCGGAACACUCCUUGCUUAUACUCUAGUGUCUGUUUCUGUGCUUCUUUUGAGAGGACAACAAAUGUCCAUUGGAUAUUGCCUUAAUAACAUUAAAGAUUGUACAGAAGUAUUGAUGGACGAUGAAAGUUGGCCAGGUGGUAAAUUAUCAUUAUCUGAUGAAAAAUUAUAUCCACUCAAGAUUUCAAAUAAAAUGACAGACAAUACACUUAGUAGUAAUAAAGAACGAUCGAAUGGUUUUGAUGAAUAUUCCGAUCGUGAUAAACUUUCUGUUUCCCCAAAUAACAUUGAUAAUCCAAGUUUAUCAAAGGCCUUGAAACAAACAAACAAUUCAUCACUUACGGAUAAUAUUCAUCUCAACAUUUCAAGUUACUUCCAAAGAUGUUUCAAGCUUGAACCUGGUCUAGAUAAACCAUCUAAAACUACUGAAUUAAUCUAUAAAAUAAAUAGUUACUUAUUACUUUGCUUCAUUUUUCUUGGCAAUCUGGGUAUAUUACUGUUAGAUAAACUACCUGAAGAGGCAACAAAAAAUAUGAUAGUCACAGUCCCAAUAUGGACGUUUGUUGGAUUAAUGAUACUGGUCAGUAUCAUCAUUUGUUCAGCAUUGGCUAGACAACCAGAAAAUCAAACACCUGUGGCAUUCAAAGUCCCUGGGGUUCCAUGGAUACCCGCUAUUAGUAUAUUUAUCAAUGCAUAUCUAAUGGUUAAAUUAUCGGGGGCUACGUGGAUUAGAUUCUUAGUUUGGAUGAUUAUUGAUAACCAUUUUCUUAAAGCAACUAUUCAUAACAUAGAAGCAUCUUAUCAAUUCACAGAAGUAAUAGAGUUUAUUUUACAUUUUUUUUGAUUAUUUUAAUUACUGUUACUAAUAUUCUUGCACAUUUGUAUGAAUUUUUCUAUCUAAUAUUUGAUUCUCUUAUAAAACAAUACCCUAUGAACAAUUUGUUUUUAUGUGAACUCUAAACAACAAAUGAUUUCUACUUUGCACCAAUUAAAAUAUAAAUCUAUUAAAUAAGGAUGGAAACAAAUGAUUUUCUUAUCUUCAAAAUAUAAUUUCUCCUUUCAUACUUAUUCAUUGACAAAGAUUGAUUCCCGAGUGUAUCAGUAAAGAAAGAGAUAUGUGACACUGGAAGAUUUAAAUAACAGUUAAAUAAACAACU